AUGCCUCCUGUUCUGUCUCGCAAACGUCUCCAAUCCGACUCGCCCAAGCCAGAACCGCCACCGAAACGCGCCAGAGCACCGAAAAGGACUGCGCCAAAGUCACCUACAUUCCACAGCAAGCAAUCCGCAUUUGAUGCCCCACCAAAAUUGACUCGCACACUCUCGCAGACAAAGAAAUUUCUGGAAGGCAGCAAUGACGAAAGCGAGCUCUCGGACGAACCUAGCAGCGACGACGAAUUCGAAGAUGUACCUAUGAAUGAUGUCAAGGGCAAGGGCAAAGAGGAAGAAGCAUCGGGCUCCGAAGAAAGCGAAGAAGACGACUGGGAAGAUGCACUGGGCAUGCAGCACCAUCACACGAAGCACGACGCGGGGCCAGAUCCAAAGAUCUCGGGCGACAUUGCGCUCACGCUCUCGGCAGUGCCCAAGGCUGCCUUUGAUUCGAAGCCAGAUGGAAAGAAGGGCCCUUCAAAGAUACAGCGCCAGAUACGAAACGUGUCGCAUUGCAUGCAUGUGCAAUGCUUGAUGUUCCACAACCUUAUGCGCAACGCGUGGAUUGAGGAUAAGGAGGUGCAGAAGAUACUGGUUGAGAGCUUGACCAGCGGCUGCUGGCGCGAAAUAGAGCAAUACUGGCGUGAUGCAGGCGUACCAGAUGGCACAAGUCGCGCUGUUGCGGGAAGGAAGACACAGAAGACGCUAAAGGGGGUGAAGAAAGAUAAGAAGAAGGAGCAGAAAGACAAAAAGGGCAACUGGAAGGCUAGUGGCAGCAAUAGUGUGAAGAUUUACGAGACACCAGAUAACAAGCUGUCGGCGCAGCAGAAAGAACAAGCUCGCCGAGAGUACGAAGCAAGUCUAGCCAGAGAUGAAGUUCCGGGCCUGAACGAAAGGAAGCAGCGAGAUUGGGGCGCCAAAUCGAAACGAAUGGAGCCGAAGACACCCAACAUGACCCAUGGCGACCCUUUACUUCGCCUACUGAAAUACCUUUCUGCGUACUGGAAAGCGAAGUGGAGAACAACAGCACCGAGCUUGCGCAAGCGUGGAUACUUAUCGCCCGCAACGCUACAGGCGGAGAUUGAUGCUUGGAAAGAGCAUGGCUUCCACGCCGACAGCUUUGGUGAGCGUAUUGAAAACCGUGAGGCCUUUCGGGAGAUGGCACGGAAGUGCGAGGGCAGCAGAGAUUUCGGACAGCAGCUGUUCACCGCGCUGAUUCGCGGCCUGGGUAUUGAAGCACGCAUGAUCGUCAGUCUGCAGCCUGUCGGUUUUGGCUUCAGUCAGAGCGAGGAAGGCAAGCCCAAGAAUCUUGAGAAGCUGAAGAAUGUUGCGAAACUUGGGCAAAACGACACUGCUGUGCCAUUGAAGACUCCAGAUGCAAAACGCACGGCAAAGAAGACUAACGGCAGACAACCAGUAUCGCCUCGGAAUCGCAGAAAGGUGGUCGCGUUCUCAGACCCAGACAGCAGUGAUCUCAGCAGUGCGAUAUCCAUUUCAUCCGACACUGAGGAUAAUAGGCCAGCCAAGACGACGUCGAAAACUCGUGACUACAAGGACGACCUUCCGUAUCCGACGUACUGGACUGAGGCCAUCUCGAAUCUCACCCACACUCCUGUGUCGGUCUCCCCUCUGUCGCGUACCAUCAUCGCAAGCUCAUCAAUACCUGAGAAGUAUUCAGACUUCUAUGCUCGUGGUGCUGCGGCCGACAAGGCAAAGCAGGUCCUAGCGUAUCUCAUUGCAUUCUCUUCUGAUGGUUCCGCGAAAGACGUGACGACACGCUACCUCCCUAAAUCUCAAUGGCCGGGCCGAACAAAGGGCUUCCGCAUGCCUAUUGAAAAGAUACCCAUUCACAAUAAGCGCGGCAAGGUCAAGCGCUGGGAGGAGUGGGACUGGUUCAAGUCUGUCAUGCGGCCCUUUGCACGCCCGCAUAGCAAGCGCCAGCCUUGGGAUGAAGUCGAAGAAGAAGGCGAUCUCGUGCCCGCAGAGCCUGAGAAGAAGAAGACCAUGGAUGAAGAAGGUGGCAAAGAGACUUUGCAAGGCUACAAGACAUCCGCAGAGUAUGUCCUUGAGCGACACCUCCGCCGCGAGGAAGCGCUCAAGCCUGGUGCGAAGAUUGUUCGCCACUUCGCAAUUAGCAAGAAAGGCGAGCAGGAUAAGCUGGAGCCCGUAUAUCGACGCAAGGACAUUGUGAACUGCAAAACCACUGAGUCUUGGCACAAGGAAGGUCGCGAAGUCAAGCCCGGCCAGCACCCGCUGAAGUACGUGCCCAUGCGCGCCGUAACCAAAACCCGUAAGCUCGAGAUUGAGGAGCGUGAAAGGAUCGAAGGCGGAAAAGUGCAGCAAGGCUUGUACGCAAAGAGUCAGACGGACUGGAUCAUCCCCGAUCCUAUCGUUGACGGCGUCAUCCCUGUGAAUGCUUACAACAACAUUGAUGUCUACGUUCCUACUAUGGUGCCGAAAGGCGCUGUACAUAUUCCACUUAGAGGCACAGCGCGCGUUUGUCGCAAGCUUAACAUCAACUACGCCGAAGCAUGCACUGGUUUUGAGUUCGGCAAGCAGCGCGCCGUGCCUGUCAUCACUGGAGUGGUCGUUGCAGAGGAGAACGAGGAAAUGGUCAUCAACGCGUGGGAGGUCGAGGAAGCUGAGAAAGCUAGGAAGGAAGUGGAGAAGAGACAAAAGUUUGUGCUGGGGUUAUGGAAGAAGUUCUAUUCUGGCUUGAAGAUCGUGCAGCGCAUGAAAGACGAGUACGGCGAGGAGGCAGAGUUGCCCACGAAAGAUCUAUUCGCGCCCAUGGAGAAGAAGGGGGAGACUGAGUGGGAGGUGUUCCAAAAUCACCAAAGCAAGGACCUCGAGGGUGGCUUCUUGCGUGAGGACCCUAGUGCUGCGAGAGAUGGUGGCUUCGUGAAGGAAGAUAUGCCGGAAGCUACUCACCAUGACGAUAUGGCUGGGGGUUUCUUCGCAGUAAGUCAAGACAACGUCAAGCAUGGGGAUCUUACAAUCGACCUUGGCGAACAAGAAGUGCAGAAGCACACCCCUGUUGUAGAAGGCGCAUACCAGACACCUAUUUCUUUGUCUGCGGCGGUCAAACGACCUAAGAACGAAGAGGAAGAGGAGGAUACGGAGGGAGAACAGCAGGACCAGGAUAAAGACAUUGACAUGGACGAUACUGAGGACGACGUAGAUGAGGAAGACGCUUCCCCCAAACCCAACCCCCGCCGCAAACCCUCAACGACAAAGCCCCCCACAACUCGCACCAAACGAGCAUCCACAGCAUCAACACAUCGGCACAAGAACGUCGUUGAGUCUUCACACGAAGAGCUUUCAGAUGCUCCCUCAGACCCGCCUCUUCUAGCAUCGACAAGAUCUGGGCUAAAGCGCAAGGCUGCACGCAGAAGUGAUGCGCAGGUCAAGAGCCACUUUUUUGCCAUGAGGAGUGACGAUGAGACGGAUGCUACAGAUGUCACUGAUAGGAUGUCGCCGAGGAAAAGCGGGGGUGGUAAGGGGGGAGGAAAGGCUGGACGAGGUAGGGGGAGAAGAAGAGGAGGGUGA